AUGAGGGACUUGAGAGAAAAAUCUAAAGACAAAGCCAGAGACGCUAGACCUGUUAUAGGAGACAAGCACAGAUUCGACAUAAUUUAUAAAUAUCCACCAGCUUCGGUGUCUAAGGUAGUAUGGAAGGAAUUGUGUAAGGGUUGGAACACCGAAAAAUGGCUAAAAAAGUCAGAGAGCGGGAGAACAAACCGCAAUAGCAAGGGUAGUGGUGAAGGUAUAUCCCGACAUACCGGUGGAUCCAUAGGGUUUGACGAGCAUCGCAUUCGUUUGUUACGGUACAGAAGUGAUAUGAUCAAGUUGCAUGGGUCGGAUCUCAACCAACAUCCAGAUGAUCUUGAUGUGUGGGCGAGAGUGGCAGGAGAUAAAAAGGGCCGAAUGUUUGGGGUAGGAUCUUCAGAUCCUAAUUUCGUGAUAACUAGGAAAUUGUCUACAUCUACCGAAUCUAAAUUAUAUGUUGAUGCUAUAAGGUCACAAGAGGAGGUUGAAAAAGUCCGAGUUGAAAUGGAAAAGGAACUUGCAAAUGAAAGGGAUGCGAGACAGGAGUUGGAGCAAAAAGUGCAACAGAUGGAAAAAGAAAUGAAAGAAAAUGAAGAAAAGAGGCAAAAACAAUUUGAAGAGUUUAUGAAAAAAUUCCAGCCUCCCGUUAGUCAGUAGCAGUAGUUUUU